UUUGAGCUCAGGAACCCUGUGCACAGGCUUCAGUUGACCAGUUUAAAGAGGGGACUGAAAUGAGGACAGCUCUAAUUUCUCCACAGCUGAGCUGGAUGAGUGACUCUAUUGGGUUUUCCAAAGUGUGACUCACUUUGUCUCUGUGAAGACUUUCAGUGUUUGACUGGUCACCCUCCUGGUCCUUUUCUACAAUUUUUUUUUCUUUUCUGCUUUGCUCUAACUGGAAUGCAUGAAUGGGCUUUGCUGUGCGAGGGCAUAGACAUGUGUAUCGUACACCCUUCUCUGGUGACUCAUUUCGACAUAUAACAGAUGCUUCACUCUCCACAUCUCAGGGGCAGUGGAUGGUCACCGACGUAUGACAUCUCAGAAAUUGAAGCCAGAGAAGCCUGCGACUGGCUGAGAGCUGCCGGCUUUCCCCAGUAUGCGCAGCUGUUUGAAGAUAUGCAGUUUCCUAUUGAUGUUAAAACUGUGAGGAAAGAUCAUGAAUUUUUAGAUGGAGAUGAGAUUGAAUCACUAUUCAGACGGUUGAACACGUUGAACAAGUGUGCAUCAAUGAAAGUGGAAAUAAGAUGCCAGAGGAAACAAAGUGAUGACUCUGAAGAUGAUGAACCUUGUGCAAUAAGUAACAGAUGGGCUUACGAGAGGUGCAGUCAGAGAUGGUCUCGUAUUGAGAGCAUAGAAGGCUUCCCAGGAGAGGAAGGUGCUAGUGCAUCAAUCCCAGGCAGCCCAAUACUGAAGAGCAUCAGCAACGAGGGUACUGUCUUUCUGGAUCAUGGUGAGAAACAUGAUGUGUCCUCACUUCACAGUACUAGCAGUGGUGACAGUGACAUUGGUAGCUUCCCAAAGCCUUUUGAAGAUGUGGAAACCAGCACCAGUUCUUCAAGAUGUUCCUCAAUUAAGGUGGCUUCACUGGACUCUACUUUUAGUCGUUCUCCUCCCCCUAGUGAAUGUUUAAGUACCACUAGUGAGGAGAAAGUUUUGGAUAAGUCACAAUCCAAGAGGAAGAGCCUUCUAAAGAAAAUGGAGAAGUUGCACUUAAGGAGCUGCAACUUAAGGAGUGGUCAAUCAAAGGCCAAACCCCUAAUAAGUGAACCUGUUCUUCUGGAAGGAUUUAAUGAAGAAAAGAUGAAGAUGCUGAACUGUGUAAAUAUUUCUGACCUCUCUGGCAUCCAAACAAAGAACAAUUCUUCCUUUUCUUCCCAGAGCUGCAAUAGCAGCAACCAGUCUGAAAAUAGCAGCACAGUGGGUGCUACAAGUCCUCCUAUAAAACUACGAAGCCACUGUGAAGGAAAGGGGGUGUGUGCAGAGGACUUGGAUUCUAGCAAGCUCUUACUGUGGAAUGAUCUAUCUCAGCAACACCUAAAAAAUGACACGAAGUUACAAAUGAACCAGAUGUUUCAAAUACCACAAGGCCAUAAACCUGGGACUUUCCCCAAAGCACUUACAAACAGCUCCCUGUCUCCAGUAGACAACUCUUCCAUCAACUGGAGAACUGGGAGUUUUCAUGGGUGCAGGAGGAACCGGAGCAGAAGCAGUUCCAAGGACUCCAAAGCCCCCAGGAGUCCCCUUUCAUGUGCAAAUAACAGGCUAAGUGUAUAUGACAACAUGCCCGAUAUUGAACUUGACAAUAUGGAGGCAGCACAAGUUGGUGAUGACGAUGUUUUUUCAGAACUGAACAAUGUUAUAGAAGAUGUCAAUGGUCUCAAAAAGUUGGUUGAUCAGUGGACAGAGAAGUUCUCAGAUGAUGGAGAUUCAGACUUUGCCAGUGACUUGACCUCUUUGUAUCCAUCCUCUCCUAAAGAAAUCUGUGUUGAAACAGAGGGUUUGGAAGAUAAGAAAAUAAACCUCCCAGCCCCUGGGGGAGAGAGCAGUUGUGAACUGGGCAAGGAGAUCAGUCCUGCAGACCUGGCAUAUAUGACUGACUCUAAGAAGACCAACAGGCACGGGAAGCAACACUGGCCUGUGGUUGAGAGCAUGAGCUUGGAAAGCUUUUCCAUCCAGACGGAUAGCCAGUCAGCUGCCCAGCUUGCCCGGACACAAAAGCUGGCUUUGUUGAAACUCACUGCUCUAAUGGACAGAUACUCCCCUUCCAGCAAGCAGGGAUGGAACUGGACUAUACCAAAGUUCAUAAAAAAAUUUAAAGCCUCUGACUACAAGGACAAAAAUGUGUUUGGCGUUCCUUUGCUUCUGAAUGUUCAGCGAACAAGCCACCCACUGCCUAAUGGUAUCCUGCAAGCACUGGACUAUUUGAGAAGCCACUAUCUUGACCAGGUUGGCUUGUUCCGAAAAUCUGGUGUUAAAUCCAGAAUUCUGUCUUUAAGAGAAAUGAAUGAAACCAGCCCACACAAUGUAUGUUACGAAGGGCAGUCAGCAUUUGAUGUGGCUGAUAUGGUGAAGCAGUAUUUCCGAGACCUUCCCGAGCCUAUAUUUACCAGCAGGCUCUGUGAAUCCUUCCUCCACAUCUACCAAUACGUGCCAAAGGAUCAGCAGUUCCAGGCUGUCCAGGCUGCUAUUCUCCUUCUCCCAAAGGAAAACCGAGAAGCUUUGAAAAUCCUCCUGUUCUUUCUGCGAGAUGUGGUUGCUUUUGUUGAGGAGAACCAGAUGACCCCAACCAACAUUGCUGUCUGUCUUGCACCUUCUUUGUUUCACCUCAACACCCUGAGACGGGAUAGUUCCUCCUCCUCCACUAGGUCCAGCCAGAGGAAGUGCAGCUUGGGGAAGCCAGACCAGAGGGAGCUGAAUGAGAACCUGGCAGCAACACAAGGCUUGGCCCACAUGAUAAUGGAGUGCAACAGACUCUUCCAGACUGACUUCCCGGCUUGAUCUCGGCCUUUCCUCUUCAUGGUGGACCUGCCUGGCGAUCACUAGACUGUGGCUGACCCUGGUUGCUGUCACUGGACCUGAUCCUGCCCCCUCUUUGCUGGCUCACCUUCCUGGCUCAACCUCGGACCGCAUCACCAUGGAUGUGGCUAAUGACCUGGACUCUUGGCUGACCCUGGCUGCCAUCUCUGGCCCGGCUCAGGUACUGUGGGGCCGGGUGGCUGCCUGCCAGCCCUGUUAGACCGCUGGACUCCCAGCCCCUUUCCCCUUGGAAGCCACCAGCCCUUGUUGCAUUCAGCUGGGGCCUUCUCGCAGUCUGCUCCAGCACCGUGGCUGGGCUGGGGCCACACUCCCAUGGCUCCCCUGAAGGCACCCGUGGUCCUAACCCAAGGGCCCUCUAGCACUGACCCCCCUACAACCAGCCCCUUGCUUCUGAGUGACACCCACCCCCCCAGCUCAUCUCUCCAUGGCACCAAACCCUAACCUGGCCCUGGCUCCUAAGCGAUCCCUCCACCCCCAGCCCAACCUCUGUCCCCAUUUCCUCAGUGGUGGCCUGAACCCCUCUGUCCAGCCCCUCGGGGUGCCCUGACGCCUGCUGCCUGUCCCAUACCCCAUACCCUGGCCACAUGGAAGCUGGCCUUGUCCCUAGCUGCAUGGCUCCCCCCAAAAUAGCCCCGCAGGGACUCUGAGCUGCCCUUGGACCUGCGGACACCCUGCACGCUCCUGCUACAACCAGGGUUCUUCACAAGCAUCGCUGACACCAGGCUGUGAGCUGUGGGGCUGCCCCUCACCAUGGGGUGCUGGGGCCAUGCCCUGCUGGUACCCAGGGACCGCCUGAAGAGAGCCCUCGCUGUCCUCCUUCUGCUGGAGACCUGGAGGAAAGGCCGCAGGCAGCUUGGCUGGGUGGCCUUGGCCAUGCCUGUGCUGGACAUGCACCCACUGCUCCAGAACUGGACUCUGACACUUGUCCUCGCCUGGUCACUGUGGCCAUCGCUGGGCAUCGCUGGACUGCAGCCAACGCCGUUACGACCACCAACCCUGACCCCGCCUGGCCUCAGCACUGAUGGAUGAACCUGCGACCGGCACUCUCGGUUUGUCCACCACUGCCACUCCUGGGCUUGGCCUGCGUCUCCCUCAGGUACCCGGCUGCUGCCUUGACCCGCUCACUAACGACGUCCCUGAGACAAGCAUCCUGAGCACUGGGGCCUCGCGCUGCUGGGCUGGGAGGAGACUGCUCGGCUCCCUUGAGAGCUCUCUGCUCUGCUGAGAGAUGCCAGAGAUGACAUCAAAAGCUGGGUGAUCUGCUCACACCUGGCAAAUAAGGGCACAGCUACAUCCGCUGCACUGGCUUAAUCCCCAGGAUGUCGAAUCCUUUGGCCAUGACGGUGGCAGUGGCUUCGCACAGCAGCAGCCUCCACAUGUUCACCUUCACGAUCUGGCCUGCAAAACACCAACAGAGGAGCUGGAGCAGCUGCUCAGAACAAUUAAUGCCGCCUUCCCCCGAGGAACCCCAUCUGCCCACAGUGUGCUGGGCACACUGACCCCCUCCCGUUCUCCCCAGGCCAGGCAGAGUGACCAGCCCUCGCCUUUCCAGCUGCCUGGUUGCUCGCAACUCUCUGCUCAACCCUCCUGCUUCACAGGCAGAUGAUGACACAGGCUGUGCCAGACACCAUCAGUCCUCCCACAUGGACCACACUUGUUCUGCAGCAGCAAGCAGCGUGACAACGGCCUUCCCAGCAGAGGGAAACACCCCACGGGUUGCCUGUACCAUGGCAUAUGACACAGGCACACACAGCCUCCCUAGGCCAACACUCACCACUCUGCCUGUCUUUCUCAACGCAGUAGCAGUUGUCGUAGAACUCGGUGAAGGUGGUGGCCAGCUCAUAGAGGUAGUCACAGAGUGUGUGCAAUAACAAGUCCUCCAGGAUCUUCUGCAGGAUCUCAGGGAACCUCAGGAUG